CCGCCGCCGCCGCCGCCGCCGCCUUGCUUUGCCCGGCUCGGCUGCCCAACUCCAUCCCCCUCCUCUUUCUGGCGCUCCUUCUUUUCUGCUCAGGGUCCCCGAGGAUCUGCGGGGUUGCUGCGGACACCGCUCUGCAUUGGAAUGAAACUGCAGAAGAAAUAGAAAAAAGCCAGGCAGACGAAGACACUGCACUUCAACAGACGAACAGCAGUAGCUACAAAAAUAACAGUCAAAGCAGUGCAUACCAGAAAGAAAUCACAUUGCCUUCAAGACUUGUAUAUUAUCUCAAUAGAGACUCUGAAAGUCCUUAUCAUGUCUUGGAUACAAGGACAAGGCACCAGCAAAAACACAAUAAGGCUGUGCAUCUGGCUCAGGCAAGUUUCCAGAUUGAAGCCUUUGGAUCUGAAUUUAUUCUUGACCUCUCCCUGAAUAAUGAUUUAUUAUCCUCUGAUUAUGUGGAGAUUCAUUAUGAAGAAGGAAAACCACAAUAUUCAAAGGGAGGAGAACACUGUUACUAUCAUGGGAACAUCAGAGGUGUCGAGAACUCCAAAGCUGCGCUUUCAACAUGCAAUGGACUCCAUGGUAUGUUUGAAGAUAGUUAUUACCUAUAUUUGAUAGAGCCUUUGGAAUUGACUCACAGUACGAGAAGUACAGGUAGACCACAUGUCAUCCAGAGGACAUUGGGAACAAAUACUUCCAAGCAAUUGGAAGACCUUGAUUAUGACUCUACUUCUGAAUGGCCCUUCCUGUCUGAGUUGCAGUGGCUAAGACGGAAAAGGAGAAGGAGAGCUGUUUCCCGUGGCAUAUUUGAAGAAAUGAAAUACUUGGAGCUCAUGAUUGUUAAUGACUAUAAAAUGUUUAAAAAGCACCGAUCAUCCCACGCUUACACGAACAACUUCGCGAAAUCUGUGGUAAAUCUUGUGGAUGCUAUUUUCAAGGAGCAGCUGAAUACCAGGGUUGUUUUGGUUGCUGUUGAAACCUGGUCGGACAGAGAUCGUAUAAAUGUCCACCCUGACCCAAGACAGAUGCUUCAUGAUUUUUCCAAAUAUCGGCAGAAUUUCAUCAAGCAGCGUGCCGAUGCUGUACACCUUCUCUCGAAUGUGACAUUUCAUUACAAAAGAAGCAGCCUGAGCUAUUUUGGAGGAAUUUGUUCUGUGUCUAGAGGUGUUGGAGUAAAUGAGUAUGGCCUACCCUGGGCAAUGGCACAAGAACUAUCCCAAAGUCUGGCUCAGAAUUUAGGAAUACAGUGGGAGCCAGGGGCCAGAAAACCAAGAUGUGAGUGCACAGAAUCCUGGGGUGGAUGCAUUAUGGAGGAAACAGGUGUCUACCACCCCAGAAAAUUCUCAAGGUGCAGCAUUGCAGAAUACAAAGAUUUUUUGCUUCGAGGGGGAGGUUCCUGUCUUUUCAACAAGCCAACAAAGUUGUUUGACACCACUGAAUGUGGAAAUGGGUAUGUGGAACCAGGAGAAGAUUGUGAUUGUGGUUUCCAAACGGAUUGCAAGGCAGAUCUGUGCUGUAAGAAAUGCUCACUUUCUAAUGGAGCUCAUUGCAGUAAUGGUCCAUGUUGUAAUGAAACCUCCUGUCUUUUCUUUCCCCGAGGCUUCGUAUGUCGCUCUCCAGUGAAUGAGUGUGAUAUUACAGAGAUCUGUCCUGGGGACUCUGGCCAGUGCCCACCAAACCUUCAUAAGCAAGAUGGAUUUGCUUGCGAUGCGAAUCAGGGUCGUUGUUACAACGGAGAAUGCAAGACGAGAGAUAAUCAGUGCAAAUACAUCUGGGGAACGAAGGCUUCUGGAUCUCAUAAACACUGUUACGAGAAGCUAAACACAGAAGGCACGAAAAAGGGAAACUGUGGAAAGGAUGGAGAGAAAUGGAUUCCAUGCAACAAGCAUGAUGUGUUCUGUGGGUUAUUGCUUUGUGCAAAUCUUGAUGGAGUUCCACGAAUUGGUCACCUUCAGGGAGAAAUUAUCCCAACUUCUUUUUUCCACCAAGGUGUAGUAGUGAAUUGCAGUUGUGCCCACGUACUUCUAGAUGAUGAUACAGAUUUAGGAUAUGUUGAAGAUGGAGCUCCAUGUGGUCCUCAGAUGAUGUGUAUGGACAGAAGGUGUCUGUCUAUCCAGUCUCUGAAUAUAAGCAGCUGCCCUAUUGGUGCUAAUGGAAAAGUUUGUUCUGGACAUGGGGUAUGCAGCAAUGAAGCCACAUGCAUUUGUAACUAUACCUGGGCAGGGACUGAUUGUAGCAUGCAUGACCCUAAAAGGAAAGAAGAAGCAGAGAAACCAAAUGGACCAAAGGUGAGCAUGGCCACUAACAGACUUAUAGGUGCACUGGCAGGGACCAUUCUGGCUCUGGGGGUGAUUUUUGGAGGCACAGGGUGGGGAAUAGAAAAUGUCAAAAAGAGAAGAUACGAUCCAAGUCAACAGGGUAUCUAAGGAACUCAUUGGAAGAGCUUUUCUGUGCAUUACUGGAUUCCAGAUGUGGUGGCUUUUUGUAGUAGCUGCACAGAAAGUACGUCACCGCAGAAGAAAAUUAAGUCGAGCGAUUUACUACAAAUGGCAAGUGGAGAUACUUACGAAAGGGCUGAAGGAAAACUUGUCCUUUUCAGAGAUUCAAAUUUAAGAACUCCUUCCACUACAUUUCUCCUUUUUUUUAAGGUGAUAAGAAACGGGACAGACGUUAUAAAUGAACUAUUUUGGCCGAACUUUUUUAAAUACAAAGAACGGAGCAAACAAAUCAAGUGCAAUAAGAGAACUGUUUCAAAAUAGUCAAAUAGGUAAAAAAGUUUCAUAACUGGUAACUUGAGUUCGCAUGACCUUUUAAUAUUAAUGACAGACUCCAGUGGCAUGAUAAGCUAACUUUUGAAAUGGUAACCUGCAUGGCAAAUAUACAGCAAACGAGCUAUCAAGCUGACCCCAAGCCAAGUCUGCAUACCAAGAAAACAAACCAAAACAUAGAAAUGCUGAUUCUGGGUACUUAGGAAAUCACGUUCCACCAAGAUACACCAUUCUCCAAGUUGUACAACCCCUUCCUAAUAUAUAUUACUCAUUCAUCUCAAAUUUUAUUUUGGGGGCAACCUUAUUUAGGGUCCUGCAGGUCAUGCCUUGAUCUUGUACGGUUUUCAAUAUAAAAAUGAGCAAUUUUUGCCAUGCCAUUCUCAGAUAAUGACACAUUUUCCUAAGGGUUUCGUUCUAUGUGUGAUUCUAUCUUCUCGGGUUGUAAAGCUUUCUCAAAACAUUGCUCCCCUUUUAAGUUUUUGUAGCAUGUUGUAUAGCGGGGGUUCUGGGCUUGCUCUAAAAGGCAUAUCGCAUGCAGACACAGGGAGUUCUAGCAGAAAACAGGCGUGCUUUUUAAAUUUGUAUGCUUGAAACCAAAAAAACAAAAACAAAAAACACCCACCCAUCCAAAACCUAUUAAUAUGUAUAAAAUGCAUACGUAUGCAAUGAAUCUUUUCAAAUGCAUUAUUUGCUGUCAUGCAGAUAUUUUGUAUAUAGUGUAAGAAGUCAACACCCUCUCAAAUCAAUCACAGAAGUGCCAAGCUUAUAACUCUUUAAUUUUACCAUCUGUUUUCCUUUCUCUAUCUCACAUUAUACGAAAGGAAAAGAAGCCUAAAUAAGCCUUAAAUACCCAUAAAAAUACUGAGAGCUUUUAACAGGUUAAGGCUUUCCCAUGUAUUGUUUUAUAGUCCCCAGCACCACCUCACCUCCCAGGUCCACAUCUGUCGAUGACCAGUUUAUAAAGUGAUCCCAAUAGCCAAUUCUCUUGAGUUUAUCUGCGUAUUAUGUAUCUUUCAAGUCACAGCCUCGAAUGUUACUUCCUAGACUAUUUGUGGUUACUGUCACGGCUCAGCUCCCUUUGGCCAAAUAAGAAAGGUAUCAUUGUGUAUGUUCAGGUAGCACUUCUCCAUGCUU